CGUCCAGCUCGAUCGCUCCCAGUUUACCUUUUACCUUCUACAAUGGCAGAUCCUAGUGGGGCACCACCGCAGCCAGGUCCCAACGAUAUCUCGACAGCCAUUUUACGGCCGAAGAAAUCGCCCAAUCGUUUGGUCGUAGAUGAAGCUACCAACGAGGACAACUCUGUUGCAACAAUGAACCCUGCCACAAUGGAAAUUUUGGAGCUUUUCCGUGGGGAUACGAUUAUCAUUCGCGGCAAGAAGAGACGAGAUACCGUCCUUAUUUGCCUAAGUGACGAUAGUGUCGAUGAAGGCAAAAUCCAGAUGAACAAAGUGGCUCGUAACAACUUGCGAGUGAAGCUCGGCGAUGUCGUCAAUGUCCAUGCUUGUCCCGACAUCAAGUACGGCAAGCGGGUUCAUGUCCUUCCUUUCGACGAUUCCGUAGAGGGCUUGAGCGGCAACUUGUUCGAUGUCUACCUCAAGCCUUACUUCCUCGAGGCUUACCGACCCGUCCGUAAGGGCGAUACCUUCCUCGUUCGCGGUGGAAUGCGAACAGUAGAAUUCAAAGUCAUCGAAACCGAUCCCGCCGAAUUCUGUAUCGUGGCUCAAGACACUGUUAUUCACACCGAGGGAGACCCAGUCAAGAGGGAGGAUGAAGAAGCUAACCUCAACGACGUUGGAUACGAUGACAUCGGUGGCUGCCGGAAACAGAUGGCUCAAAUCCGUGAACUUGUCGAGCUCCCUCUUCGCCAUCCACAGCUUUUCAAAUCUAUCGGCAUCAGGCCUCCGCGUGGUAUCCUAAUGUUCGGCCCCCCAGGAACUGGUAAAACUCUCAUGGCGCGGGCCGUCGCGAAUGAGACGGGUGCCUUCUUUUUCCUCAUCAACGGUCCAGAAAUCAUGAGUAAGAUGGCGGGAGAGAGUGAAAGUAAUCUCCGAAAGGCAUUCGAGGAGGCGGAGAAGAACUCGCCUGCUAUCAUCUUUAUUGAUGAAAUCGAUUCCAUUGCGCCGAAACGUGAAAAGACCAACGGAGAAGUUGAACGUCGUGUGGUUUCACAAUUGCUCACCCUCAUGGACGGUCUUAAAGCUCGUUCAAACGUUGUCGUCAUGGCUGCCACCAACCGACCCAACUCCAUUGACCCGGCUCUCAGACGUUUCGGUCGAUUCGACAGAGAAGUUGACAUUGGUAUCCCCGAUCCUACUGGUCGUCUUGAGAUUCUCCGUAUCCACACCAAGAACAUGAAGCUCGGCGAAGAUGUCGAUCUCGAACAGAUUGCUGCCGAUACCCAUGGUUAUGUUGGUUCCGAUGUCGCCUCGUUGUGCUCGGAAGCUGCCAUGCAGCAAAUCCGUGAAAAGAUGGAUCUCAUCGACCUCGACGAAGACACGAUUGACGCUGAGGUCUUGGACUCGCUCGGUGUCACCAUGGAUAACUUUAGGUUCGCAUUGGGCGUGUCGAAUCCUUCUGCGUUGCGGGAGACUGUUGUCGAAGUUCCUACUACCACUUGGGACGACAUCGGUGGUCUCGACAAGGUCAAGCUGGAGUUGCAAGAGACUGUGCAGUACCCCGUCGACCACCCCGAGAAAUUCCUCAAGUAUGGAAUGUCGCCUUCAAAGGGUGUCUUGUUUUACGGUCCUCCUGGUACUGGUAAGACACUGUUGGCGAAGGCUAUUGCCAAUGAGUGUAAUGCCAACUUUAUUAGUAUCAAGGGUCCUGAACUGCUCACCAUGUGGUUUGGUGAAUCUGAAGCCAACGUCCGAGAUGUUUUCGACAAGGCUCGUGCUGCAGCACCCUGUGUGAUGUUCUUUGACGAGUUAGAUUCUAUCGCCAAAGCCCGUGGUGGUUCCUCUGGUGAUGGAGGAGGAGCAGGAGAUCGAGUGCUUAAUCAGAUCCUGACCGAGAUGGACGGUAUGAACGCUAAGAAGAACGUGUUCAUUAUUGGAGCGACCAACCGACCUGAUCAAAUUGAUUCUGCACUCCUUCGACCUGGUCGUCUCGAUCAGCUGAUUUACAUUCCUUUACCUGAUGAAGCAUCUCGGUUGUCUAUUUUGAGGGCGCAGCUCAAGAAGUCACCUGUAGCGAAAGAUGUCGAUCUUACGUUCCUUUCGAAGAAUACCCAUGGGUUCUCUGGUGCUGAUCUUGCGGAGAUAUGUCAGAGGGCUGCUAAAUUGGCGAUUCGGGAGUCGAUUGAGGCUGAUAUAAAACGUGCUAGGGAGAAACAGGAUAAGGAAGAAGAGGAGGAUGGGGAUUCGAAGAUGAAAGUGGAGGAAGAGGAGGAGGAGGAUCCUGUUCCUGAGAUUACAAAAGAUCACUUUGAGGAAGCUAUGAGAUAUGCUCGUCGUUCCGUGUCGGACCAGGACAUUCGUCGUUACGAGAUGUUUUCACAGAAUUUGCAACAGUCUCGUGGAUUUGGUAACAACUUCAAGUUCCCGGAAUCAGAUGGUGUUGCACCUGGUGCUGGGAGUGGUGGAGGUGGGACGACUGCGGCUCCGAGUGCGAACACUGGGUUCGCUGAUGAUGCUGGAGAUGAUGAUUUGUACGCUUGAGCGAGAGGGUUAUGCACCACACCACACACAAAAUGUUGACCUGAUCGUCGUUCCCUCGCUGUUUUUUUUUUUUACCGAUCUUGUAGAUUUUUUUCCCCACCCCCCUUUUUCUUUCACGAAUCGAAUCAUGAGGUGUAUACUUAAUAAUAACAGGUUUCCUAUUACCUAUAUACAUAACUA